GACUUACUCGCGCUCCUGCCGCCUCCGCACCUAGCCAUGGAGCGGCCGCCGCUGAGCGUCCUGCUCGUCGGCGCCGCCGGCCUGCUGCUCCUGCUCCUGCCCCUCUCCUCUUCCUCCUCUUCGGACGCCUGCGGCCCCUGCGAGCCGGCCGCCUGCCCGCCCCUGCCCCCGCGGGGCUGUCCGCUGGGCGAGACCCGCGACGCGUGCGGCUGCUGCCCGGUGUGCGCCCGCGGCGAGGGCGAGCCGUGCGGGGGCGGCGGCGCCGGCAGGGGGCACUGCGCGCCGGGCAUGGAGUGCGUGAAGAGCCGCAAGAGGCGGAAGGGUAAAGCCGGGGCAGCAGCCGGCGGCCCGGAGGUGAGCGGCGUGUGCGUGUGCAAGAGCCGCUACCCGGUGUGCGGCAGCGACGGCGUCACCUACCCCAGCGGGUGCCAGCUGCGCGCCGCCAGCCUGAGGGCCGAGAGCCGAGGGGAGAAGGCCGUCACCCAGGUCAGCAAGGGCACCUGCGAGCAAGGGCCUUCCAUCGUGACACCCCCCAAGGACAUCCGGAAUGUCACUGGUGCCCAGGUGUACUUGAGCUGUGAGGUCAUUGGAAUCCCAACCCCAGUGCUCAUCUGGAACAAGGUAAAAAGGGGUAACCACGGAGUUCAAAGGACAGAACUCUUGCCUGGUGACCGGGAUAACCUGGCCAUUCAGACUCGGGGUGGCCCAGAAAAGCAUGAAGUCACUGGCUGGGUGCUGGUAUCUCCUCUCAGUAAGGAUGAUGCUGGAGAGUACGAAUGCCACGCAUCCAACUCGCAAGGAGAGGCUUCCGCAUCGGCAAAAAUUACAGUGUUGGAUGCCAUAUAUUAAAUACCAGUGAUAAAAGGUGAAGGUGCUGACCUGUAAACCUGCAGAAAUGUAUCCGUCUGCCUCACUAGUAGUGGUCCUGGAUAGCUGCAGCCCUGUUCUUACCUAGUAACAGUUUCUUUUCCUUCGAUCCACUAACGCUUAGUUACAUUCACUGGUUUCGUACAGAGGAAAUCCACAAUAAAGAUAACAUCAAGACUCCUACAAAAAUUUAUUGUCUAUUUACAGUAGAAGAGCAUGCAUGUAAUUGAAAUCAGUAAAAAUGCUUUCUCUCACAA